AUGCUGAGCGCUUUGUUUCAAGCUCGCAGAAGUCUUGGGCUGUGCCUUGGGAAAGGCCGGUCUUCUGUCUCGAAGCCAUUCGUGGAAGGAAUAUGCGAAAAAGAGCAUGAAAAAACUCAACAGGUUCAUCCACAAUGGGACAAACUUCCUCGUGACAUAUGGGGCUUAAUCUUUCAACGUCUCUUAUUAGUGGAUCGAAUUCACGCCAGCCUCGUGUGCAAACAAUGGAGUUCAGCCCUAAAGCAGUCUCCUCCUCAACCGAUCUGGAUUCUGCUGCCUCCAGACGAUGUUAAUAAUAACAAAGAUUGCGAACAUAUGAUAAGCUUCUUUGACUUGGGUGAAGGUGCAAUUGGAAAGCUGAAUCUCCCCAAGUCAAUAUCAGGAGCGACUCUCAUCGGGGCUUCCAAAGGUUGGCUUGCACUCACCAAGGGCAAGAAAAAUAGUUUGCAAAUUUUUCUGCUUGAUCCAAUUUCAGGGGUUCAAAUUCCUCUUCCUCCCUUGUCAACAAUAAGAUCGACUUCGGAAGAUACGAACGCCAUUGAUAAGAUUGAAAUAUCUUCCAGGGAUGCAUCCCAAUCCGUCGUUGCAGCAUGCUUUGAUGAGGGCAAGAUUUUGGCACUGUGCAGACCGAAGGAUAAGAGGUGGAUCCUAUUUGAAGGGUUAGGUGUAGCUGAUGAUCAUCGUUACGCAUGCAUUUUAUUCUGCCAUGGAAUAUUAUAUGCAUUGAUUACAACAGAAGACGAUGAAGUCACUUUUCAAUUUCAAACCCAUUCCCUGAAAUUAGCAAGUGAUCAUGAUGUUGUUUUGAAGCUAAUCCCUCUAACAAUGUUCGAGAUCAGUUCCCCGAUUUUCCUUGAAGACCCUCUUGAAGAGGUAGAUUCCUUUGGUAAAAACUGGGCUGCAAUACCAUAUUUGGUGGAAUCCAAUGGCGACUUGCUGAUAGUUCUGAAAAUAUUAGACGCCUUAAUAACUGAGGACGAAGUCCAGGAUGACGACGACGGGGACGACGUCGAGGCUAUAUUUUCCUACUGUCGGAUUGCCACAUUCGAAGUAUUCAAGGUUGAAGCAAGUGAUGAGACACUAUGGUUAACGAGGUUAAGCAACUUAGAUGACCAAACCUUGUUCAUCGAUGGGGUGGAUUCACUAUCCCUUCCAGGUGAAAACUUCAGUAAAAAUUGCAUUUACUUUUUGGAAGAUUCAUUUGGUUACACUGCCGAAGGUUGGAAACCAAUCAUUUCUCGUGAAUCCGGUGUUUUCUACCUUCAUGAUGGAAGGAUAGAACGUUCCCUUCCAAGUUUGGACCUUUCCAAGCUUGGAAAGGAUUUUUGUUACCUCUGGUUUUUUCCAAAUAUCAAGAUUGGAGACUUCAAUUAA